ACGAGGAAGAGGAAGAUGCAUGGUUGCAUUCCGCAACGAUGUUUGUGAAGCAAGAAUGAACUAGCGGAAGAGUUGCAGUUCAUUGCGGUUCCCACCUGUUCAGCCGCGUAGCGGGACUCAUAACUUGGCGAUGAGUGGGUACCUGCCCUGAGGCCUGUCUGGAUGGCGUCUUUCGCGUAUCUGUAACGGUAGGCCUGCGUAGCUACACAGCGUAGCACAUGGGACUUGUCCUCAGACAUCCUUAUAUGCGCCAGUUGAAAAGUUAAUGUUCGUCUUCAAUAGGUCGCACGAGAAUAAUCGUCGGGUCUACACAGCAGGAGAAAGAUUUCUGGAACCGCGUCGUGGAGAUACUGGCUUCUCCAUCAUGACCAAUUCCAAGGUCACCUGCAUGUCGGUCCUGGUUCUUCUGGUGGUUGUGGGGUUCGAUGGAUCCGGUACAUACGGUCGACAGCAAGUGGAAGUUGGCCAGCCUCCGCCACAUGGCACCAACGACGACGAUGAGUAUUACGUGGAGGACAACGGGGAGAAAGAGUAUUACUACUAUGACCAGGACGAAUACUAUGAGUACUUCCAAGACAGAAAACCGGUGUCUAAAUUGAGAGGUGGCCGUCGUCGGUUGAAUGCGCCCUCUGAAGAAGUCCGAAAGCUCUUUCAGAAUGCUAUGUUGGAAUGCAACGAAACUGAACUGAUGCGCUACAAGCACAUGUGUGACAAGAAACUUAUAGCGGCCAAGCAGUAUCGGGAUAUGGUUCACCCCAAAGCAAAGGGCAAGCCUCCAUGGCGCAAGAUAUGCAGGCUAGUAUCUGCCUACACCGCCUGUGUUUCUGAUAUACUGCCGAAUCGUGAUUGCCCCGACCUGGCGCUGAGGAUCAGGACCGAGUCAGCCCACGGCGUCCAUCUGGAAGGGUUCCAUUUCUGUGGUUCGGCCGUUGCGACAAGAGCCACUCAGACAACCAUACUCUCUCUUGCGCUUUUGUUUAUCAAAUCCUGCUUAUAUUAAAAUUUGUACCCAAUGCAGA